GACGAUAUUCCCUCCCCCAACCAUUGCCACCAAAAGAAAAGCAUAAAUUGACAAACCCUAGACUCAACACAAUACCAAGAGCUGCUACCGACGACGCCGACUUCCUAUUGCCUACUGAGCCGCACUUUGAGCAGCUGUUAGUAGCCUCACCUCAGUCAAUCUCACUAUGAGCAGAUCGGGCCAGCCUCCGGAUUUGAAGAAGUACAUGGACAAGAAGCUUCAGAUCAAGCUGAAUGCCAACCGGAUGAUUGUUGGAACACUUCGUGGGUUUGAUCAGUUUAUGAAUCUUGUGGUUGACAACACAGUGGAGGUGAAUGGCAAUGAGAAAACUGACAUAGGGAUGGUGGUUAUCAGAGGAAACAGUGUUGUCACUGUUGAAGCUCUUGAACCUGUAAGCAGAGCACAGUGAUCUUUGGUUUCCCAUUGAUGCUGAGCUAAUGUAUUUUGCUACUCUUAUUAGUGAGUUUCAAACUUGAUGAACUCGAUAUGAAGGUUAGGCUAUUGCUUAGCAUUAAAAAACAAAGAUAUUGGUUAGUACAGUGUUGAAGAUGUCAGAUAGUUGUAAUCCUUGGAUGUUAGGCCCUAUUACUUUAAUGCUAAAUUGUCUAUGUGCUUAGGAAGGAGAGCCAUGUUUGACAGGGAACUGUUAUUAUGGAAGGCUGCUUGUAAACAUUCUGUAUUCUUGGACGCCUCGAAGUUCAUGUUUGUUUAAGAUUAAAGGCAUGAGUUAGAUUUUUAUA